AUGCUUAUGGAUAACUUUACAAAGACCUAUAAAACUAAGCAAUGCAGGAACUUUUCAAGCUCGAUAGGCUGCACCUUAGGCCUGCUUUGCAAUUUUUAUCACACAGAAGAGGACCGUCGAAGGCUUCCAGAUCAAACUUAUGAGCCUAUCCUCUGUAUAGAAGCUGUGAUCUCUGAUGUAUGUGCCCAUGAAUCUUGCCAAUACUGCAGAAACCAAGUGGAGUAUUUAUUCCACCCUUCAAAUUAUAAAACUAAAGAAUGCAUAUAUAGAAGGGCAAGCCGUGAAUGUAUUCAUAAAAUGUGCCCAUAUACACAUCCUGAAGAUAAAUCAAUAUCUCAGCAAGUCGAAGAAAUUAAAGCAUUUGAGCCGUCUAUUAUAGUGCCAGCAGUAGAAUUAGCCUCACCUGAAGAAAGAAAGUUUUAUAUCUACAAAGAAGAAAUUAUUACCUAUAUGAUAAAUAUAAAUUUAUAUAAAAAUAAUAAUAGCCUAAUCUCAAAUAAAAUUGAGGGUUUUCCUAAUAAUUUACUUGUAAAAUUUAUACAAAAAAUAGAAAAAAUAUGAAGAUCGAAAAACUGAAUUUAAAUCUUGCUCUUAUAAGUCAUUUAAUGUGGCCUACGCUGUAGAUCUCGUAGUUCCAUACGUCAGCGCAUUUUUAAAUACAGAAGGAGGGACCCUUUAUUAUGGAAUCAGAGAUGAUGGAAUGGUGACUGGCGUCAUUUUAACGAGAAAAGUUAGAGAUAAUUUUAUUGUCACUUUGGACUCAAAUUUAAAUAGAUUUAGCCCUCAUUUGACUGGGGAUGAAUAUGAAAUAAAAUUUGUGGACGUCAUGAAGAAGGAGGAUUUGAAGAAAAUCAAUGAUAUGUAUGUCAUUGAGAUUAAAGUGGAGAAAAGCAAAAAUAAUGAAGUUUAUUUUACACAUAAGAGUGAAGCUUAUAUUAAAAGAGAUGCAAGCAUCACACAGCUGAAAGGAUUGUCAUUAGUUAAGUUUUAUGAAAAACGAAAAGGAGCGGCGUCUGGAGGGGCUACAUCUGAAGGAGCUGCGCCAUAG